AUGACGGGCAUUGUUUUCCUGCCUUUCACUAAAACUCCCGCUGCUGCGAUGGCCGUGCUUAGACUAGCAGAGCUCUCCGAUUCCACCAAAAAAAUGGCGGAAAGAUUAAAAGAUUAUCCUUAUGGUUUGUCAGCCCAGAAACAAAUUAACAAUUUCUUAACCCAGCCCGAAAGAAAUGACCGCCAAAAAAAUAUUCUCAUUUCUGAGCCAAUUACCAAUAUCGCUUUAAAAAAAGUUUCUUUUGCUUAUGAGGGGAAAAAGCUCGUGUUGAAAAAAUUAAAUUACGAGUUUAAAAAAGGUAAAAUUAAUUAUUUAACUGGUGCCAACGGGUCUGGGAAAAGCACUAUAAUUAGUUUAAUUAUGGGAUUAUAUCAGCCGCAGCACGGGGAAAUAUUUAUUAACAAUAAAUAUAAGUUACAGGAGAUCAAUUUAAUAGUUUGGCGGGAAAAAAUUGCUUAUGCAGAGCAUAAUAAUUUGGUGGAAAAUGGACUCUCAACGGGUCAAAAACAGUUAACUGAUUUAAACGAACUUUUUGCUACUAGUGGGAAAAAAGAAAUAUUUAUUUUUGAUGAAGCGGAUAACGCUUUGGAUGAAAAUAAUAAAAAAGAUGGGAAAAAGAAAACCAAAGCAGAAAAGAUUUUGGAAGAUAUUGAAGCCCAAUUAAAAAAACUUGUUACUGAAAAAAAAGAACUUAAAAAGA